GCGAAUUUUAGUUUAUUAAAUAUAUAUAGAUAAACGGUAUCUGCUGAUGCUAUUCUGUAUUCCAAUGUGUAACCAAAAUAGCAAUAACUUUAUAUCAUAAGACCGCCGUGAAAUUUCCAGAUGGAUUACAAUCAUAUUCUAUCCAUGUAAUACCUUCAGGAUAUGUUUUAAUAUGAAUCAACACAUUGAUAAUCACGAUGGCGGCAUCUGAUACCGCAAUCACGCUGGAUGAUGUAUGCAGGUUCUAUCAUCCCAAUGCAACAUUCCCUUGCAAGAUUAGAGCUCUUACAACAACGGGAAAUACUGAAGGUCUCCUUAUAAAUGGGAAUUUAUUGGAUCAACAACUAUCUCUUGAGCACCUAUCAAAGCAUGAGAUGAUCCUUAUUAUAUCGAACGGCUCUCAUGGACGGAAUGUAAUUAAUUAUCUAUAUCGCGAACGAGUAUUUGCGCCAUCUGAUGGUGCAUAUAGUAAAUAUUCAGGACUUUAUUACAUAUGCCCACGAAGAGUAGGCACAUCGGAGCAGCAAUUUACCGAGCAAUGUAAAUCGUGGAUACCUACUGGUUUAAGUCAAUCGGAUAGAGUUAAAUUGCAUGAUGCCGUGAAAACAAUAGAUGUGGUCACCACCGAAGAAUUAAUGCAAACAUUUGCAAUUUUUCUCAUGGAGAUUGGAUCUUUUCAACCUAGUUUGAAUUCCGUCAAAGAUACAUUUCUAGAAGCUUUGGUGCAAAAUAGGGCAACUAAAGUUAUUGUAUUGUUUGACUAUCGAUUUGCAAAGUCAAAUGAUUUGCGAAAACAUAUGGAAACGGUAGUGAAUCUUGUUGAAAGCGGGCAUGUUGAUAAUAUUGAUUUGUAUCUCAGCUACGAUGACAGUCGAGUUAAUGAGGCAAAGUUAUCUGAAGCCCUUGUAGAGAUAAACAAUUCAUUUAAAAUUGCAUUCCAUGGAAGCGAAUAUGAAAAGGAGCUGUCUACCUAUAUUUUCAAACCAUUCAAAGUACCAUCCAAUGGUGAAUUGAUAUCUCACUUAUUGGGUGGUGAUGAUUUCAAUGUUGCAAACUUCGUUAACGAAACACUGAAAAACGGCUCUAUGUUUGAGUACCAGUGUGAAAAUGCUAAAAAUAUAGAGAUGGAACACGGGAUACAUAUGUUGCAAACAACAAUGGAAAGUGCCAAACAAGAUAAGCUUCAACUAUGUAUCGAAAAGCUUGAACGUGAUAUAGAUCUUUUACACGAUGUAUCAACAAAGCAUGUUCGACUUUACAGAAAUCAAUCAAUCACCUAUUUCAUUACCUCUAUUCAUAGUUUGCUCCGAUACAUGCAAAACUGUGCCGUGUUUAUGAUCAUAACUGCCAGUGUUUUCAUCAAGCUGCUUUCAAAAAUGAAUCUGGAGGAUUCAUUCGAUAAGGUAAAUGACAGAAAUUCCGUAUUAAGAUAUAUCUGUCGAUUGGGAGAUAAAUACACUUUUACGCAAUGGAUAACAUUUUACCUGUAUAUACUAAUUAUAUACAUCACCAUCUAUAUGGUGGGAAGGUUGUUUGGAACCAUUGAAAAGCUAGAUCCUGAAGCAUAUAAUAAACAUAAGACUGCUAUGCUACAUAUGGAAUCCCUUAAAAGUAGUCUUAGGCGUCUAAAGGGCUUACAAAAGGGCGUGAUGCGGUAUGAUGAGGCUCCUACACCCAAAUAAACAUGAAUAAUAGCAU